AUGUAUGCACGAAAUCAACGAGCUGAAACGCGUAAUCGAGCAAAAGAUGAACUGAAAAGGGUUAUUAAUUCAUUAGAUAAAGUUCGCAAAUGGGAGAAGAAAUGGAUUAUUCUAAAAGAUACUCAAAUUAAAAUGUAUAAAUGGAUGCCAGUAACUGCAGGAGCAAAUAUUCCUAAAGCUUCUGCAAAAUCAACGAUUGUUGUCGAGGAAAAUAAUACAGCUCUUUCUGGUGAAAAUACUCGUGAUUCUACUACAUUGGAGAAUAGCAAUGUUUCACGUAUUCGAAAUUUUGAAAAUUUAAACGAUGAUUCAAAUCUGGGUUUUUCUGAAGGAGGGUUCGAUAGCGACUCUAAUCAAACAUUAGAACCAACCAGUUAUUCUCACAACGCAGGGUCGACAGACUUCAGUGCCAUGCGUCAGCAAGAAAUGGCACCUAAUUCUAAAUGA